AUGGUUCGCGUGCCAUGGGAAUGCAUCGGGCUCUGCGUGCUGACCUACAUCAUGGUCCACGUCUCCUGCCAGGCACCGAUCACGGCGCAUGUUUGCCUUGAGAGGAUCAAUGUGAGAGUCAUCACCUGCUCCCUGCCGUAUCUGCAAGAAGAUCGGCAUUUUGAGGAGUGGAAGACGAGCGAUUGCGGCGUCGUCCUCGGGCUCGCGGCCCUGGCUGCCGCAGUGGGCUAUGGAGUCCACGGUCCGAUGAUCGAUCGUUUCGGCGUCGUUUUUGGACUGAGUACUGCCUUGGGAGGCUGCAGUUUGGGCGCGGCUUUGAUCGCCACAGCUCGGACACAGGGUGCCUUCGUGACGGGUGCCGUCUUGAUUCGCUUUAGCUACGCCGCAGGGUGGCCUUCAGAAAUGAAGGCACUGAAGCUGCUUGUGCCGGAGGAGUUCCAGGGCUUAGCGGUGUCGGCCCUGGGCUUCGCCUCGCGCGGCGGCGCCAUCCUCGGCCGCAGCCUCUUCGGAGUGCUGCUGCAGAGUUUCACAUGGAGGCAGAUCGCCUGGCAGGCUGCCCGAGUGCUUCUCAUCGUUGGAGGCAUUGCGGUGCUACUGAUACAAGGGCUGGUGGCUUCGGCUGCGAAGAAAGCGCCCUCGGCGGUGCCGAAGCCGGUGCGAGGGCUCCGAGACUUGCUGCAGGAGCCUUCGGUGUGGCUGGUCACGGCCGCCUUCUCGUGUCUCUGCCACGUCCAGCACGCCGACGACUUCAUGCCCCUCCUCUUCCAGGGCCUCACGAAGUCCAAGAACGCCACGAUCUGGAGCUGCGUGUACCCAGGAGGCGGCAUCACGGCCAUGGUCUUGAACACCUGGAAGGGCAACCUCCUGCAACGGCGGCAGCGUGAGCAGCUCUACGUCACCAGCAGCGUGUUGGCGGCUUCCCUGCUCACGCUGCUGCUCUUCAUCCCGGCAGGCGAAGCCGACGAAUCCAUCGAUCGCACGAUCAUCGCGGCCGUGUUGCUGUUCUUCGUGGCCUUCUGCUGCGCCGUGCCGUAUUACUUGGUUCCCAACCUCUUUGCCUUUGACCUUAUGGGGACGGAGUGUGCCACACUCAUCGGUUUCUUUGAGAUGACUUCCUUCAGCAGCAUGAUGCCCGCACACAUGGUGCUGCUGCGGAUAGCCGGGGACUGGGGCUGGACAUGGGGCGUGCUGCAGAUGGCGCUGACCACGGCCGGUGCUGCCGGCUUCCUCGCCCUCGCCCUCCCUAGGUGGCGAGGCCUCAUUGGCUUGCCUCGAGGAGUGAUUGAAGAUGGCCACGUUGCUGGCUACACCCGGUUUAACUCGAGGGGUGCACAGGAAAAGCUCCACUGA